CAUCAAUGGUCAACCAUACCCAUCGUCAUUCAAUUUCGGCAUAAUUGAUAAGGACUACGAUACGAUGGCCAUGCAGUUUUCAAAUAUGAAAUCUCGUGUCCGGUCAAUAUCCGAGAUCAAUCCCGUGUUCAUUGUGGAAAUGGACGGCAGGAGAGAGAUGACCACCAUGACUCGAGAUACCGAAAAAGACUCAAAUAAUCUGCAAUCGUAUCUCAACCCAGCAUCCAAGGGAGACGAUCAAGCAGUGGAAGUAGACACGGACCAUUGCGAGACCGACAGUGGGUACGAGAGUUCUCGGUCUCCCAGGAAAAUCUCCACCUGUAGCGCCCCCUCGAUCACUGCUCUUUCUGUCACGGCCCUCAAUUCUGCCCUCAGGACCACAGGUGCAAGAAGAACAUCUCGCACCUCCGUCAGUUUUUCUGAAAACUUGUCUGAAACUGAAGAAUUCGAACCUCCUCGAUCGCAAAGAUCACCCUCCGUCGGCAGCUUUGAGAUUUAUAGAAUAGGUGGAAGACGAGUGUCUCAAACGAUCGCGUGUCUGUCCGAGAUCUUACCGGGAAAUACCGAGAGUUUAAAGAGAGGAGAGCUAAAGACGUGUCCAUCAGAUAGAUGUGUCACACCCAUCCUGUGUGAAAACUUUAAAAGGGGUCCAUCGCUCGGAUUCAGACAUGUUUCUAAGAGAGAAAGGAGAUAUUCUUCAUGUUCCAUUACAAAUGAAUCGGAUGGAUUGACUGUCAAUCUGCAUAAUAUCAUCGGCAAAAAAGGAACUGGAAAGGGUCAAUUCCGGAAUGCUACUUCUGUGUCGUAUAUUAGCUCUGGGUCAAUCAUCGUUACAGAUAUUAUUAACUGCAGAGUGACGCAUUUUCACGGAAGUGGGCGUGUAAUAAAUGAAAUCGAAACCGGACCAGGUUCCGAACCUUGGGCAACUGCCGUACUCCCGAAUGGAAAUAUUGUGGUCUCCUUGCAAAGACGGGGGUCUUUAGCAAUAUUCAAUUCAAAUGGAGACUACUGUAAAGACAUCGCGACUCAUCUCCUCGUAAAGCCAUCCGGAGUAGCAACGGAUAGAAGAGGUAGAAUCGUUGUUAGUGAUGUGAACACUGACUCUGUUUAUAUACUAAACGAAGACGGGGAAGUUUUAAAGAGUCUAGGACAGGAACCGGAUGUACCAUUGACAUUUGAGGAGCCUCGGUAUGUUGCCGUCACAGAAAAGGACAAGAUUUUAGUUUGUGACUCCGGGAAACAUUGUGUGUAUGUUUUUGACUCCGAUGGGAAUUUUCUCCACAAAUUCGGAUCAUACGGACAAGAACCCGGGCAGUUCCGCUUUCCAUACGGAAUCACGUCAGAUUUCGAAGAAAACAUUUAUGUUGCAGAUCACUACAACAAUCGAGUUUCCAUGUUCUCUAUUUCCGGGGAAUUUCUCUGUCAUAUUCUAACGCCUUGUAUGAAGCUAAAGCGACCUCAGGGUCUGUACAUGAGAGAUGAGAUGACCGAUUCCAUUCUCUUUGUGACCCACGGGGAAAUGAAGGCACAAGAGGUCGUGGCAUUCAAAAUCAUAAUGGGAUCGAAACCAAGACUGAAAAAAUCGAUGGAGGUUCAUGUCUGAGACAUGAUGAAGUCCAAAAAUUAAAACUUUUCUAAUCGGAUGGAGAAUCAAAGAUACACUACUUGCUCAAAAUCCUGUGAUGUAAUGGAAAUCCCUAAUAUACAUUUAUCAAAAGAAUGCUCUACUCGUUCAAACAAACCCUAUUUAUGUACAUAAUAAAGAUUAUUGUUGUU